ACCCUGGAGCUGUCAACAGCUCAUGAACUUUGGGGCUUGGACCUUGCAAAGGCCAAGGGCACUUUGAUUGUGUGCUAUUGACCCUGCAAAGGCCAAGAACCUUUAGAUAUUUGGGUUUAGACCCUGCAAAGGCCAAGAGCCUUUGUGCACUGGGGUUUAGACCCCGCAAAGGCCAAGGGCCUUUGUGCACUGGGGUUUAGACCCUGCAAAGGCCAAGAGCCUUUGUGCACUGGGGUUUAGACCCUUCAAAGGCCAAGAGCCUUUGUGCACUGGGGUUUAGACCCUGCUAAGGCCAAGAGCCUUUGUGCACUGGGGUUUAGACCCUGCAAAGGCCAAGGGCCUUUGUUCACUGCUGUUUACUCUCCACUUGUGCCGAGGGACGGAUGGAGACCCGGCGGGGAGCUCGAGGGCUUUCUCAGCAGGGACAUUCCUCCAGAGCCCCUGAGGCACUGGUAGACGACAGUGACAGCAUGGCCAAUUGCAUCAUCUGCACCGACAAUCCUGGGAAUAGCCUCUCAACUCUGACAUCCACUGAUGAGCAGCAUCCCUUUGAAUUGGUUCGGGAAGCUACAGAGAAUUGUGGGCACAUUCAUCAAUAUUUUGAUCAAAUGGAAGGGAGAGGCCAGAGGAUCAGAAGCCGCUUCCAGCUGAUAGACCCUCUGCUAGAAGAAAUCAGGAGUGACUGUGCAAACCUUGAGAAGUCCAGGGAAAUGCAGCUGCAGUGCCCUGGAAUCCCCGAGCCAGGAGCCUUGUGUCUGCGUCUGAAGAACACCAAGCAGCGGAAGAAAACAUCAGCCCAGGCAGAACAGGCAGAACAGCAGGACAGGAUGGAGCAUGAACGGGAAUUGAACCAGCAGCGCAUGAGAGAUCUGGAAAGGACCAAUGAAAUGCAUGCACCUGAGAUGCGAGAUCGUAAGGAAAACGCUCGAGAAUUGGAAGUGGAGAAGGAAGGCGUGCAGCAAGAGUUGGAGAAUGUGGCUGCAUCUUUGAAGAAAUGGAGAGAGAAGGCUGAAGUACUGACUGCUGCACUGAUGAAGAGUGAAAUUGCCAAGGGUCAUCUGAUGAAACACUUGGACAUGCUGAAGGGAAAGUCUGGUAUCCAGGCAGGCACUGGCACUGACCUUCAGUCCACUCCAGGGUCCCUGGAAGAUUCCAGUGCUGUUUCCCAUGAAGAGCAUGAACGGGAAUUGAACCAGCAGCGCAUGAGAGAUCUGGAAAGGACCAAUGAAAUGCAUGCACCUGAGAUGCGAAAUCGAAAGGAAAACGCUCGAGAAUCGGAAGUGGAGAAGGAAGGUGUACAGGAAGAGUUGGAGCAUGGGGCUGCUUCUUUGAAGAAAUGGAGAGAGAAGGCUGAAGUACUGACUGCUGCACUGAUGAAGAGUGAAAUUGCCAAGGGUCAUCUGAUGAAACACUUGGACAUGCUGAAGGGAAAAUCUGGUAUCCAGGCAGGCACUGGCACUGACCUUCAGUCCACUCCAGGGUCCCUGAAUGAUUCCAGUGCUGUUUCCCAUGAAGAGGUUUCCCAGGAGCAAGAUUCAUCGAGCUGGUCUCUGGAGCAGCUGAGCCCAGAACCCUCUGGCCAAGGGCACGCACUGGCCCGGGUGCGCCGAGAGGAGGAGCUGCUGGGCCAGAAGGCUGACCUUGAGGGCCGACUGGCAGCCACGGAGUGGCUCCGACAAGACCUUUCCAGGCAGCUGGCAGAGACCAGGUCAGCAAAGGAGAGCCUGGAAUCCAGGCUGUUUGCUGCUCAGCAGCAGAUAUUUCAGCUGGAGGGGACCAGGAACCUUCUGGAGGCUCAAGUGCUCACAGUCACACAGGCCAAGGAGGUGAUAGAAGGACAAGUGAAGUGCCUGCAACGUGAGCUGGAAGCAGAGAGAGCUCUCAGGAGGCAGGAACGGGAAGACACAGCUCAACAGCUCCUGCAGGCAGAGCAGCAGCACCACAAAAGCCUCAGGCUUCAGGGAACUGCUCAGCAACUGGGAAUAAAGAAGCUCCUGCAAGACCUGGCAAGUGAGCGCAAAAGGCACCGUGCAGAGAUGAAGGAGACGCUGGAGCAAUGGGAAAAAGAGAAGGCAGAGAGAGAGCAGGAGCACAGGAAGGUGCAGUUUGAGAUGAGGCAGAAAGUUGCCACCCUGCUGGCCCAACAGGAAGAACUAAUGAGAUUUGAAAACGCCAAGCGAGAGGUGCUGCUGGAAGAGCAGAAGGAGAAGAGUGCUUUAUCAGAGGCACUGCUCCAAACUCAGGAAGAGCUCAGCCGAGCCCACCAGCAGGUCCAGCAGCUCAGGCAGGAGGUGAAAGAGCAGCAGGAGAAGAGCCAGACCAUCAAGGCAAAUCUGCAAGCUGAGCUGCAGGAAGCUCACAGUGACAUGCAGGCAGCGCAGAGGAGGCACGAGGAAGAGCUACAAGGCCUCAAAGAGGAAAUGAAUCUGCUCCUUGAGCAGAGGGAGGCUCUACAAAAGCAGGUGGGAGAGUUGACAUCUCAGCUGGCAGCCUGCCGAGAGUCCCAGGAAACGACUGUCCAGAGAGCCCAGCAAGAUGUGAGGGAGGCCCAGGAAAUGUUCAGGCAGCAGCUGCUGGAGAUUGAGCAUGCCCAGAAGAUGCUGAAGGAGGUGGAAAAUCAGACAAAGGAGCUGCAAGUGCAUCUGGAGUACUUGGAGAGGGAAUGGAGCCAAUGGGAAGAAGUGGCACAGCAAAAUUCAGAAUUGCAGGCUUCCGUGAAUGCCCUAGAGAGUGAAAAAGACAGGCUGAUCCUGUCUCUGGAGGAAAAGCACCAGUGCCUCAGAAGGGUGGAAAAACAGAACCUGGCGCUGAACAAUCACGCGUCUCCGUUAUUUUCUGCUCUUAAGCGGGCAGAGGAGUUCUGUUCUGAGCAGAGAAUACAAAUGCAGGAGUUCAACACCCAGAUCUGGGCCCUGCAGGACCUGCAGAUGGAGGCUUCCCAGGCAACUCGAGAGAAGCAGCUGCUGCAGGAACUGCACAAGUCUGGAGCAGGAGAAUGUGCUUUGAGGGACUCUGUGGACGUGCUGGAGGCUGAGGUGUCUGAGCUGCGUGUGAGGCUCCAGAGCUCUGAUGACAAGGCUCUUGCCUUGGCCAUACAGUGUAAGGCCGUGGAGCUGGAGCUGAGGAAGACGCAGGUUCAGAGGGACAAUCUCAGAGCCCGCAGCCUGGAGCUGCAGGAGUUGGAGGAAAGUGAGAAAGAGUUGUGGAAGGCAGCAGUCAAGCACAUUUCUCGAGAAACUGCCCUGGAGAAAGAGGCCACUGAAAGACGGGAAGAGGCUGUGACUCUUUGUCAGGAGGUGGCAUCUCUGAAGAGGAAAUUGGAGAACCUGGAGAAGGACAGGAUGGAUGUGCCGCAUGAACGGGAAUUGAACCAGCAGCGCAUGAGAGAUCUGGAAAGGAGGAAUGAAAUGCAUGCACCUGAGAUGCAAAAUCGUAAGGAAAACGGUCAAGAAUCGGAAGUGGAGAAGGAAGGCAUGCAGGAAGAGCUGGAGCAUGGAGCUGCUUCUUUGAAGAAAUGGAGAGAGAAGGCUGAAGUACUGACUGCUGCACUGAUGAAGAGUGAAAUUGCCAAGGGUCAUCUGAUGAAACACUUGGACAUGCUGAAGGGAAAGUCUGGUAUCCAGGCAGGCACUGGCACUGACCUUCAGUCCACUCCAGGGUCCCUGGAAGAUUCCAGUGCUGUUUCCCAUGAAGAGCAGGCAAUUGGAGCACAAGUGGAACAGCUGUUACGUGGCUCAGGGAGCAGCCUGGAACCCAAGCAGCCUGUUGUAUCAGCCGAGGAAGAGAAGAAAGAGAGGCUUGAAUUAACCAGUGAGCCCAGGAGAAGUGGCAAACAGGUGGAACCUGAAAGGAGAAGAAUCAGAAUUUUUAGGAGAGUGUUCUGCCCAGACUACUUUAUGUUGCCUGUCCACAAGUCUGCCCAUCGAAAACGGUUGACUUCUACAAUAGAAGACUCCUCCAGUAGCUCAGGGGAGCAGCAGCCCUCCUGCUGAUGCACAGCCUGUGGAGAAAGGGGUGUCCCUGCUGCAGUCACAGCUGGCCCAAGACCAACAGGACCACCUGGAGAGCUCUGCAGGGAGCAGGAAGGAGACACGAGGUGCAGAAAGGACCUCCUUGCUUCCUGAACAUCUCAGAGAGGAGGCAGCGUGCAGCUGGAUGUAGUCUUAGACUUAGUCAGUAGUUUAUGUUUAAAGGAUAGUAUAGGUGAAAUUGAGUCUUUACACAACUGUGUUCCAUAGGAUGAAAGACAUAUUUAUAGAAAAAUAAAGAGUUUAUUACGAUCAUGAUUAAACUAA